AUGUCCUCAUACCAUAUAUACCAACAUAUUCUCAACUUCUCUGAAGAUGGUACUGUCCUCAAACCAACCCCUCGAAGAAGGAAGUUCAAGAAAUCUGUGGAUGGAUGCCUAAACUGCAAGAAACGCCGUAAGAAGUGUGAUGAGACAAAGCCAGAAUGUAAGAACUGCAUUCGGCGAGGAAUUGAAUGUCGAUGGCCUGCUCAUGUGAAUAGCAAAGCACAAGAUGAUAAACUGUUGGAUCAGCUCAUCAGCAUUCAAGAGGAAGAUAUACGGCAAGAGGAAGCAGUUUCAUCGGAAGAAACGCUGUGUUAUGACGCGUUUGUCAGCGUGUUCUUGUCGUCGAUUACACCCGCACACUGUCACCCAUUACUCUCUCCCAUGAGUAUUCUACUACCUUAUGCUGUUACCAAUUCCACGGUGAAGGAAAUCUUCCUGGCUUGUGGUGCUACUAUCAUGGCGUAUGCUGACGACUCCUUCAUACAGAGAGCACAUAUAAGGUACCACAACGCACUGAAUUUGCUAAUUAGUGACAUUCAAAAAUCAAAGGAUGGAUGCGAAGACCAUCUCUUCAUCUCAGUACAACUCUUACAGACCUUGUGUCUACGUGACAAAACGUUGGGACUAAGUGCCACGAAGUCAGCGGCGCAUAUCUCUGCUGCCUAUGAGAUUCUUAAGAAGCGAUUCGCAAAAGAGUUGAAGAUAUCACCACUUGAUCGGAUCUUAACAGAACAUUUCGUCUUCAAUUAUCCAAUCACACUUAUGAUGUGUCACCAUGGAAAGUUGUCUGCAGUUCCUUCUCCCUUCAGCUUUUAUAGCCAAUUUGGCAAGUCCUUAGAGACACCUCUCAACGACUGUUCUUCAGACCCAUGGCUUGACCAUCCUAUUUUAGGAGUCGGGCUUAAAGCGCACGAGAUUUCCGCCAAGUGUACAUGGAUGUGUCGAGUAAAGGAACUGCCUUUGUCAUUGGAAGAUUUGACAAUUUGCAAGAGAUUGCUGGAAGAGGCCACCGAGAACUUGCAACGGCUAAAAUCAAUACCCAUGUACAGUCUCGAAAAGGCUCAGAAGCAAACGUUAUCUUUCUCCAAAACAGUCAUAUAUGCCUCUUUGAUAUUGCUCACCAAGCUGUGCAAUAACAGGGCCCGCACAGAAGAUGUACAAAAAGAACUAAAAUUACUUUUAGAUGAAGUAUUAUAUUCAAAGCAGCUGGAUGAUGAUUACUUUCAAUCUAUAUGGGCAAUGUUUAUUGCUGGAAGUGUAUGUAUAGAUCCUGGGCAAAGACUAUUCAUAUCUGAACGUUUCAGAAAAGUGAGCAGCAUGCUACAUUCUUCUCUUUCAGAAAAAGUUCUGAGAUACUUGGAGAUGGUGUGGGGCGAAGAAGAGGAUAAACAGGUUGGGUUGGAUUUCCUCUUCGAUACAACAAUGUUAGAUAUAGUGUGUUCCUAG